AUGGACCUGAAGGGUCAGGAGGAGGAAUUACAACUUGAGUCCUUCUCAAAAGUUAUUGGAGGAAGAAUGUCUGUACCAGGAUGGCAACCGUGGCAGGUCUCCAUCAAGCUAGGCCGUUCCCAUUUCUGUGGUGGCAGUUUGAUUGGUGAUGAUGUGGUGGUCACUCGUUGUGUUGUGGAUCUUGAUCUAAAAGUUGUGAAGAAUCUGAUUGUGACUGUUGGUGAAUUCAAUCUUGGCAGGAUGGAUGAAGAAGAACAGAACGUCCCAGUCUCUGAAAUUGUUGUCCAUCCUGACUUCAACAGAUCUGAGUAUAUGGAUUUAGGUAUAGCGUUGCUGUAUUUGAAACACCAUGUACCAUAUGGCUAUGAAGUACACCCUAUCUCUCUUCCUCACAAGGAAGAUGUAUUUGAAGCUGGAACACUCUGUGUGGUGAGUGGAUGGAGCAAGGUCUCCGAAGAUGAGUAUAUGAUCCUCACUGGGUCCCUGUCAAAAGUCCUGCAGGAAGUGGAACUUCCCAUCCUUGACAGCAUAACCUGCAGUGAACUGCUGAAAGCUUUAAAUUUGCCCCCGGUAUGGAGGUGGAUGUUGUGUGUCAGCUUUCCACCUGGUGGAAGAGAUGCGUACAAGGUAGAAAAUACACCACAAGUCUGGUGCAUCUGGAACCUAACUGCGUCUGAAGACAAGAUCAUUCUUAUGGAAUUUAUCAAAGUAGACACAGAAGAUCAGAUUGAAUGUGACCAUGACUAUGUUGCUUUCUAUUCAAGCAAGAAGGAAUUAAUUGGUAGGAUCUGUGGUGAUGUCUUACCUUCCCCCUUGCUGAUGUCUGACCGAGCCAUUGUUAUAUUUGUGUCUGAUGGCAACAUUCGUGGCAGAGGCUUUGAAUUCACCUUCAGUGCUCUGCAUCAAGCAUCUGAAGUGGGCUCUGGCUGUGGCAGUGUUGCAAUGCUGGUGGAAGAAGGAAAGAUUGACACGGCUAAUUACCCUGGCUUGUAUCCCAGCAGCACAAAAUGCCACUGGCUCAUUGAAGCCCCAGUGGACCGUGUCAUCAAGUUGGAGCUUGAAGAGUUUGAAGCUGAAAUCAGCCAGGAUUGUAUUUAUGAUGCUGUUGUUGUUUAUGAUGACACUGAAGAAGAGCACCAGCUAGCUGUCCUCCGUGGUUUCUCAAUUCCUUUUCCUGUGUGGAGCCCUGGGAACAUCAUGCUGAUCCAUUUUGAGAGUGAUAAGGAAAAUAACUUCGGAGAAUUCAAGGCCAAGUUUGCUUUUUUCUCUUCAGCAUCAUUUAAAACUGAAUAUGCAGGAUUGCUUUCUGUAGCUGCAUCUGAACCAAAGGAUGUCCCAUGGGCAUUUGGUUCCUCUUCCCCUCCUCCUGCUGCAAAUAUUUGUGGUUCUCCCCACUUUGGUCCCUUGAGGCUGUCAACACAUAUCAUUGGGGGAGAAGAAGCCUGUCCCCGUCAUGUGAGUUUAUAACACUUUCUGGGUGAUUAUAAGUGUGGAGGUGCCAUUGUCAACCCAACUUGGGUGCUCACAGCAGCUCACUGUGUAAAGAUAACAAAUAAUCCAUCAUAUUGGACUGUUGUUGCUGGGAACCAUGACAGGAUACUGAAAGAAGCCUCUGAGCAGAGGAGAACAGUCAACUGCAUUACAGCGCACCAAGCCUUUGCUGCUGCAAGUUUUGAUUCCGAUAUUGCCCUUGUUCAGCUCAAACGGCUCUUCUAUAGUGCAGCGGUGAGGCCAGUGUGCUUGCCAAGUUACAUGGAGCUGUUACCAUCCUUUGUGCUUUGUACUGUGACUGGCUGGGCAGGUUUCCAAGAAGUUGGAGGCCUUGCUAGCCGUCUACAGCAGAUGGAUGUUCCCUUGGUGACAAAUGAUCUCUGUGAGCAAAAGUACUACUUUAAUCACCCUGGAGGGAUCACGCCUAGGAUGCUCUGUGCUGGUUUUGCAUCUUUGGGAGGUCACGAUCCCUGCCAGGGGGAUUCAGGCCUGCUGGUUUGCCAAAAUGAAAUCAAGCCAUUUAUGCUCCAUGGAAUUGCUAGCUGGGGCGUUAGCUGUGCCCAGUCCAAGAGACCAGGGGUUUAUACAAGAGUGAGUGCCUUUUUUGACUGGAUUAUAUCUGUAAUAAAAGAGAAGGGACCAGUGGAGACGCCAGUCAGUAACACUGGCCUUGAAACCUCAAUACAGUCAUUGGAGUCACCGGUCAACGCUUCAGCGGUAAACUAUGUCCAUCAGCCUGAUCUUACCUUCCUGAGCCCAGGUCCGGUGGUGAAAGUGGAAUUCCAUUCCACUCUUCAUGGUGCUUUUGCUAUGACUUAUAAGGUCCUUAGACUUCAAGGGUCAAAGAGAGGAAGUGGCAUGAAAGAAUCCAGUGACUCGAGCCAGCAGUUGUCCUCCUGCAGAGAUGUGAAUCUUACAGCCCGGGAAGGAAUAAUUCAAACUCCGGGUUUCCCUAAUGGCUAUUCCAGUGCCACCAGUUGCCGCUGGAGGAUUGUUGCCCCAUUAAAUGCCAUAAUUUGACUGGAUUUCUUGGACUUUGUGGUUGAGAAUUUCCUUCCCAAAUGUCAUGGCGGACUUAUACUUUAUGAAGGAUCUGGACCCACAAGAGAGAUGCUUGGUAACUUCUGUAAUGAUACACCACGUUAUCCAUUAAAGUCACACACCUGCAUGAUGAUGCUGAACUUCACUUCUGGCACAGUUACAAAUAUGAAAGGUUUUGCUGUUGCCUAGAAAAGCCAAGAAAUACAGUCCAGUCCUGUACAAGAUAGAGCAAGAGAUAUUCAAAAAGGAUGUCCAAUCUUGGAUUUGGUCCCAGUUGGGGUCACAGAAAUAGUUUCUCCAAAUUAUCCAAACAUUUAUCCCAAUUUAUUAAGCUGCACUUGGACAAUCUAUUCUGCUUCAGGAAGCAAACUGAAAAGUAUGUUAAGAGAUUUUGUUAUCGAGGACGCUAAAGAUGACAUUUAGGACUCCCUGAGCUUUUAUGAUGGACCAGAUCAACGUUCACAAUUGCUUGGAACACUGUGUGGCCACAAAAGGGACCUUCAGCUGUUUUCGAGCAGCAGCUAUUUGACAGUGCGUUUCAGAACAGAUGGCUCAGUUGGGGCCAGGGGCUUCAAGAUCAGUUUUGAAGAGAUGAAUCAAGGACCAGUUCAGAGAAGCAAGAAUGGAAUUGAACUCAACAGUCCAUGUUAA